CCGACUACAUCGAGUCGGUAUCUGUAGAUGGUGGUAAAAAUGUCAAUUAUUUCAUGCAUACCUUGUACGUAUGUUUGUCCUGUGUAACUGGGUUAUUUUCUUUGGGUGCUGCAAUCACUCGUGUAUGAAAAAUAGCAUUUUACGCAACCUCCGCCAAGAGAGCCAUUGUUUGUUAAAGUAGGAGCAGCCCUGCACCGCGCAAUUUGACAGUCACAUAGAAUUACGUUUUUAUCAAGACCUUCGGAUUGCAGCAACUGAAAGAAAAGAACACAGUCACACAUGACAAACAAGUACAAGGCGACCAUGCCCGUGGAGAGGAUGCGAAUGCGGCCAUGGCUGGUGGAACAGAUAAACUCUUCCCUAAUCCCUGGCCUGAUAUGGAUUAAUAGAGAGAAGAGGAUCUUCCAGAUUCCAUGGAUGCAUGCUGCAAGGCAUGGCUGGGAUUUGGAGAAAGAUGCUCCUUUAUUUAUGAACUGGGCCAUUCAUACAGGAAAAUACCAACUAGGGAUCGACAAACCAGACCCGAAAACAUGGAAGGCCAAUUUCCGCUGUGCUAUGAACUCUCUGCCUGAUAUUGAGGAGGUGAAAGACAAGAGCAUCAAGAAGGGGACUAACGCUUUCAGAGUAUACAAGAUGCUGUCUGCUUCAGAGCGCCAGACCAAGAAAGGAAAGAAGAGGACUGAGAAAGGAGGAAAGAACAAGCAGGUGGAGCCCGGGUUCCCAGCCAUGGAGAGCAUGAAUGGGUCUGUUGGAGACCAUCGUGGGCCGGUGUUGAAGGUGGAGGUGAAGGAGGAGGUGAAAGAGGAUUACUUUACAGACUGCACAGAAUAUCUUCAUCAGAGCAGUCACAGUCCUGGGUACGACCAGUUGAUCGUCGACGACCUGCCUUGUGUCUGCCAGACCAUCGAGGUGACCACGGAGAAUGAGGAGCAGUCAGUCAGCUCCAGCCACCCAUACCCACUCCAGAUCUCCCCUGUGUCCUCGUAUGGAGAGAGUGACCCAGACAGUGUGCACAGUGAAGAGGACUCCAAGGAGGAUCUUCGUGGCGGGCUGUGGGAAUCAAGUUUCACUUCCUCUGUGCUGAGAGUUCCCUCGUGCUCACUACCCAGCAUGGCCACCUUUGUCACUGGUGGAAAGGUAACCAACUUCAAAGUGACCAGCACCAGGGACCCCAUGCCCCUCAUUAGCUACAGCAACAGCCCCUGGACCAGGGACAUGCCAGCAGCCCAGCACCCUCCCUCAGAGGAGGCUUCCUCCAGCCAAGCCUCUGCUGCCGAGACCAGAGCCAGCGUUAUCAUGAAGACACCAGACGUCUCCUCUGUCAAGACCUGCUGAAGCCCUGGCAGUGCAGUGACUCAAGACCAGAUACAGGCCAGUCAGUGGCAGGCUUGGCGUUGAAAAGCAUUGAUCACUGCUGGGCUUGUUGUUCGACCAGAGUGCCUACUCAUAGGAAUGACUGGGACUAUGUCAAUUGGACAUUCAGUAUAGGGGCUCUGUGAGCUGUAGAAUAUGAAUCGAUGCCCAAACUGAACCUGCCAAGAUCUCAGGGCCUUUUAGAUGGGAUGGGAGUGAGGGGAUGAAUCUACAAACUGUUGGGCAUAUGUCCCACUCUCCACCCACUGUUAAUAAUGUAUAUACUGAUAUGUCUGUGUAAUGGCAUACCGCUUCUGCACCUUAUGGAAAACACUGAUGGGGAUGUGUGUGGCCACCCUGGCUGUGUGUUUACACUGACAGCAAGGCUGAAGCCUGGGAAAGGCCUUAAGAGGCCUUGCUGAUCUAACUUUCCAACCUUGUCUUUGACCUUCAAGGUGAUGCCAUCCAUUGGUUAGAAGGAUGAAGUGAGUAAAUGCACCUGGUCAUUUAUCUUGAUGCCUUUUAAGCACGCUUAUAUAUAUAUUUUUAUAUAAAGGGACAUUUUAAUCUAAGGUGGACAAUUUAUUUGAUUUGUAUAUUUUUUACUCAAUGAAAGAUUUGAUUCUUUGUUAGAUUUGUUUUUAUUGUUAUUUACAUGACACAUUAUGAAGAAAAAAAAUCAUUUUUAUCAACAAGUCUGCAUUUGUGACAUCUCAUGUGUGUGAAUUUGUAUAGGCUUGUUGCUUAUGUGUGUCUAAAUGUAAUGGUGUGUUUUUAAAUUAGUUACUAAAUCCAUUUACACACGUUUGAGUGUGUCACACAUUCAUGGCCAACUCUUAAUCCUGUGGAUCAACAUGCAAAUCUUAAUAAAAAUCUUGUUUUGUAA